AUGCUCGACCCUAGUUGCUUAUGGUUUGGAUGGGGUGAUGUAAAAAAGUGUAUCACUUAUGAAGACGAGGUCUUCAAUGGUUGGGUUAAGAGCCAUCCACAUGCUAAGGGGUUAAGAAACAAGGCUUUCCCAUUUUUUGAUGACCUUUCCAUUAUAUUUGGGAGAGAUAGAGCAACUGGGGAGAGUGUAGAGGCUCCUGCUGAUGCUGUAGAAAAUGUGAAAAGGGAGGAGUAUAACAACCCUCCUAUAGUGGGUGAAUCGGUCAAUGGUGAAGAAACCCAAUAUAAUGGAAUAGAGUUCAUUCAGGAUGAUGGGAUAGCUUCUCAUUCUACUACACAAUCCCCUAAUCAUCGACCUCAAUUAGGUGCUUCAUCAGCCCCUCACCCUCAUAGAGCAAGUAAGAGAUCAAGAAGCAACACAGAUGAUGAUCCCGUGGCUAGGGCUCUUAUAGAUGAGUUGUCUAGGGUGGGACAACACUUUUUCAUGGUAGGGGACAGAAUAUCUCAAGUGGCAGAUGCUCUUAUUGACAAAGAGGGUAGGGAGAUGAGGAUGAGGGUGUUUGACGAGUUAAUGAAGGUCACUAGUUUAAGCAUGAAUGCAAGGAUGAAGGUAGGAAAGGAAGAUGACUAGUGACAUGAGUGAGGUGGAGUAUUUUUUUCAGCUUGCCACCGGAUUUCAGACAUGCAUACAUCUAAUCCGAACUCCUUCAAGACCAAUGAACACCUUAUGUUGUGUUGAAUGAAGAUUGAAGAAUAAAGAGAGUAUGGAAUUGAAUAAAAAGGCCACUAUCCAUUGUUGGUCUCAGCUUAUGGAAUUGAAUACUGUUCUUGUUUCAUUGAUAAAAGUACUGUUCAUAUUUCAUAAUAUUUCUAUAGGAAUUUGGUGUAAUGUGAGGCAAGGAAAUACUACUAUCAGUAUGGUUUAGAAACCUAACUCAUUUCUUUUCACAUAUAAUUCAUGCAAAAUUUGUUUCCUAAGGGCAUCCAUCUAUGUCUUAAUUUUACUAGCACGGAGAACUGAUUUUCUGAUACUUUUAACCAUAUCAAUACUUUGAGCCUUGAUUAGUAAUUGAUUAUUCUUUUAGUUUCCAAUCAAAAUGAAUAGAUAAAGUUCCCAACAUGCAAGUAAAUAAAAUUCACUGAUUAGUUUGGACUUUGAAAUGACAGAUGUUUAUGUU